AUGUCGCAUCAUAUAAAGAAAACCAGUAAUAGGAAGCAUGGAAGCAAUUUCUUUCUGGGUUGUUUUGGAUUUUCAGUUAAGGAUGAUGUGAAAAAGAUCUCUGGCGGCGGCGAUGGUGGAAAAGACAAAUACGGUGGCCAAAGAAUUUUCCGGCCGUAUUGGUUCAGAAGAAUGAAAAAAUCAUCUGCUAAAACUGUUCCGCUGAACAACUCCAACUUUGCACCAAAGUUGAGGUCAAGCAAGAAAAUUGACGUUCCUAAGGGAAAUAAGAAUUUGUAUGCUACAAACGAUCAGCUUCCGGCCACCGCCGGUGGCAGCGGAAAUAAUCUGAAUAUGGUUAUGGCGGCAGAACCUGAUCCAAUUGGCCUACAUAAAUCUACUGAGGCCACGACAUACCAUAACGGUGAGCCCAUCAUCCUUGAAAAGACCAAAAGCUCAGGUGCAGAAAUUGGGACAAUUAGGUACAAUGUAAGCCGGUCAACAAGGAAGCAGCUGUCAAAAUCAGCACCUGAACAGGGAAUUUACGGCCGUGAGUCAAAUGAAAAUGAUGCCAAAUUUGGGUCACUCUUUGGGAUAUCAAUUCUAAUGGCAAUACUUGGAGUUCUGUUACUUUGGGGCAAAUUAUGUGCCAUUCUUUGCACGGCCAUAUGGUUUUAUUGCAUCGCUAGUUUUCGAGCACAACAAAGAAUUGAAUUCAACAUGAAAAAGGUUUCAUCAAAGGAGUUUGAUGAAUCAAAUGAAAAGAAGCAUAAGAAGAAAGUUGUGUUACAAGGAUUUCUCGAGAGACCAAAUCAACAUAAGUAA